CCUAAUGGUCCCUCAAAUAUAGAUGUUCACCUGAGAAGUUCGAUCGUUGGGUCAGUUGAAUAACCUGUAUCGUAAUUAGUGCUUUUGUGUGUCCGUGCAUGAGUUUUAUAAUACAAAAAUAUGACUCAGAUUUGGCUUUCAUUUUUGUUGUGGAUCCCAUCAUGUUCUCUCCACUGACCCAACCUACUCAAUCCUUAACAUCUUCAUCAUAUUUUGCCUCUCUAAUUUUAUCUAUAAAUAGAAAAGUCUCAUUGCACACAAAUCAUCAUAUUCUCUCAGCUUCAUCUCAUUUUGCAUAUCUCUUUCUCGAUCUCUCGCAAACUCCACAAUUUACCUUUUCUCCUUAAUCACCUGUUAUGGCGAAUUUAAUUCUUAAGAAAACUCUUAUCAUACUCUUAGUCAUAUUUGCAUCACCAAUCUUUAGUACUCAGGCUCGAAUCCUCCAUGAUGAUCGAGUUGCAAACAUGGGCACUAUGGAUAGUCAUGUUCUGCUACGGGAGCUCGGGUUUGAUCUCUCCAAGUUCAAAGGUCAUAACGAGAGGAGAUUUCUAGUGAAUUCGGACAGGGUUUCACCGGGAGGACCUGACCCGCAACAUCAUCACUGAAUGGCCCUUACGAAUAUGUACACUUCACCCGAAGUUAAAGCACAAAUAAUUGUGACUGAUCCAUGCAAGUCAUUUGAAUAUCGCUAUUAUGCUUUCUUUCUUUUUUCCUCAUCAUAAAUCUUACGUACAAUUUUGUUGUAUCAAGGUUUUGGUAUCCUUGUACCUCCUUAUCUAUACAUCAAACUUUUACUAUGUAUGUUUUCGUGUGUCUCCAAUGAGUUACCUUUUAUGUAACAGCAAUUGGCUAUAAAUAAUACACCCCGGUGUUUUCCGUGAGA